AUGACUGUCCUCCAGUUUUGUCGAAGCACUUUCACACGAUUCAAAAGGUCCUGUGUGUCGCCUAAAGACAAACUCGGAGCGGGCGCAGGGCUGGGGGUUUGGGGAAGAGCACCCAAAGGACUCGGCGAGGGGCGGAUAGACCCCCACCGGGCCCGGGCCUCACGACGGAUGGAGCGAGGGAUCGUGUUGACAGGGGGGAAAAGACAGAGCGCUGGGAGGAGGAGGAGGAGAAGGCAUCCACACAUCCGGCAGGGAGGCUUCCAGCAACCGGGCCAGGAACUCAUCAAAGCACCUCCCAACAGCCGUGUGCGAGCAUGCCAAGUGCGCCUCUGUCUGCGGCACACAGGCGAGCCCAGGAAAAGUCUGCCAUGUUUGUUUAUUUAUUAA